ACCAAUCUACAGCUUGCCCAAAUGAUCCACACGGCUACUACUAAGCAGUCCGAAUGGAUGGGCAACCUGAUCCAAAUGCAGGCCGCUCAUAUGGAACUAAUGGAACAAAUAAUGAGCAGGCUCAUUAAGCCUAAUCCAGCUCCUGCUCGGCCUGCCCCUGCAUCGUUUCCGCUCUUACCUGCUCCGCCUGCUCCAGGAUUCGCCCCUCAGUAUCCCCAUCUAGCUAAUCCGGCGGGAAAGAUCGAGUGUUUCAACUGCAAACAGCCCGGACAUUUUGCCCGAGACUGUCCGCAACCGAAAUGUAAUCAGCCUCCCCCUGCUGCGGCCCCUGUCGCCCUUAAUCAAGGACGAGUGACCGCUCUGAUGGACACGGACCAGGGAGGAGAGCUCAUAGCGUAUGCUCCAAAACAACCUUCCUCUUCAGCGAUAAUAGCGUCGACCUCAGGAGCUUCUUCCUUUGACGCUGCUGACGUGGUCGAUCCCCUCAAGUAUCUCCAUCUUGCCGGAAUGAUCGGAGCGAGCCGAUCGGCCCAAGAUGAUCUCGAGUGGGUCGAUCGUGAGUCCAAUCUUGGACCACAGUUUCGGACAGGAGAUAUUGAUGUAUUGAAAACGCUCAAGCAAUUAGAUAUUCGUGUACCUAUCCCAGCAGGACAUCUGCUUACCAUAUCUGAAGCAGCGAACGAUAAACUUCUACAACAUUGCGAGAAAAAUCAAAAGCGCUUCACCUAUCAGCGCAUACGACGGAUGUUGAAGAAGAAGGACGGAAACGAGAAGACUACACCUCCCGAGCCUGACACGAAAGAACCCGAAGCCGCACGAAUAGCAGCGAUCUCUUUAGCAGAAAAGGAUCACGUCGUACGAGUUCGGCCAGUACUAUGGAAAAGUGCGGAAUGUGACUGUGAAGUUUUGGGUAAACCGUUUAAUGCCCUAAUCGACACAGGGUAUUCUGCAGUGGCCAUAUCAUUGGAGACUGUUAAAAAGACGGAACGACUUGGAUCCAUUCUUCCUCAAUAUGGCAAACACAACUAUGUCUCUGCUGAUGAGGAAGCAAUGAACAUUGUCGGCAUUAUCGAGAACGUGGCGAUAAAGGUCGGGCGAGUACACGUCCUCGUUAACGCACUCGUAAUAGAUGUACGUUCUUACUCUGUGUUGUUAGGAAUACCUUGGGCAAUGGCGGUGGGCGCACGUCUGCAUUUCGAUUCGAGACAACUGCUAGAGGCGAUUUCGGCGAUCCUUGCCCAGGUCGGACCGAGCGGACUCGAGAGUGUAGUGGAGUAUGCAUCCAAAUCAGUGCUCGUCUGCAAGCGAUUUUACGCCGCUCCAACGGGUGAAUACUAUGCGGCUCUCUGGGGAAUCAGUCACUUCCGUGCUUACCUGUACGGGCGAAAAUUCACCCUGGUGACUGAUCAUGAGCCCCUGUUGGCUCUGAAGAAGUCGAAGGAUUACUCGGGCAUGAUCGAGCGAUGGGCAACGGUGCUGCAGAGCAUGGACUUUGACAUUCGUCAUCGAAAGCACGAGAGACACGGGAAUGCGGACGGACCGACACGACUGCACCGGCCUGAAAAGGUUCCAAAGGGUGAGGAGGUAAUUCCGUGGAACGAACCCGAACAGGAGAUCGGACCUCGGUACGACCAAGUGGAGAUCUUAUCGAAGCAGUAAGUGACACGAGGACUAAUUGUUAUGUUCUGCUCUCCCUGCAUCCCCUCCUCCUCUGCCACCAUGACUACCCCACUUGCCUCCACAACCCCUUCUUCUCCUACUAAUUCUGCCCCUCGUACUUCCUCAACUUUCUUCAGCACCCUCCCCGAUAAAUUCUGCUAUUUUUGCACCUAUAUUGCACAGGUUUACGGGGUCGACUGUCAUCCCUUCAAGACCGGAUUUGUCGAUUGGGUGGAAUGUGCCACGUGUGUCAAUCGUGCGCACGGAGCCUGCGUUCGAUAUCGAACGAGUAGCAAGGAAUGGAGGUGCCCCCUGUGUAGAACGAACAAACUCCCCACAGAGGUUCGAUUCGAGGCCGCCCGUACGGACGGUCCUGAAUAUGACAAAAAAUAUCGACGGGCGGAAGUCUGGACGGAUAAAAUUUUAUUGGCGAA